AUGGCACAUCCAUUGUACAAAAUUAUGUACAACGGCCGCAAAAUACCUUGUAUCGGACUAGGAACUUGGAUGUCAACCAAGAAAGCAGAAUUAAAAGCAGCUUUAAAUGCAGCCUUUGACUACGGAUAUCGUCUUUUUGAUACUGCUUAUAUCUACCAAAAUGAAUCAAUAAUUGGAAAUGCAAUAAAAGACUGGCUCUCUUCUGGAAAAGUAAAACGGGAAGAUUUAUUUAUCACAACUAAAUUGCCAAUAUCAGGUCUAUGCACAGAUCGGGUAGAACUGUUCUUGAAAAAGUCUUUAAAUAAUCUAGAACUGGAUUAUGUAGAUAUGUAUUUAAUACAUUUUCCAGUAGGUACUAAUAUAGGAAAAGCCAAUACUCCUCUUCAUGAACUCAAACUAGAAAUGUCCGCUCAUAAUGAAGUUUGGAAAGAGAUGGAAAAACAAGUAAAAGAAAAUAGGACUAAAGCAAUAGGGAUAUGUAAUUUCACACAAAAACAAAUAGAAAAUAUAAAGAAAACAUGCAAUAUUCAACCGGCGUGUCUACAAAUAGAGUCUCAUGUGUAUUUACAACAAAAUGAGUUAGUUGAUUAUUGUCAGCAAAAUAAUAUUACAGUGAUCGGAUUUUCUCCACUUGGAAAUCCUGGUUAUAAUAAUUUUUUGAAAACAAUCGGACAAAACAAAAGAGAAUUACCAAACGCACUGGAAAACGAGACGAUUAAACUUAUAGCCAAAAAACACAAAAAAACUCCAGGACAAAUUUUGUUACGUUAUCUGAUAGAAAGAAAUAUAGUUCCUAUCCCAAAAAGCGUUUCUCCACAAAGAAUUAAGGAAAAUAUUGAGAUUUUUGAUUUUUCUCUUGACAAUGACGACAUGAAGAAAAUAAAAGAACUAGAUAUGGAAGAGUCUGGGCGUAUCUUGAAGUUUGAUUUCUUUUCUGAAGAAAUAAAGGAUUCUCCCGAAUUUCCUUUUCCUAAGUGUCUUUCUGCUAACUAA